GAACUAAGAGAAGGAAUCCCCGCGCCCCAUCAUGUGCACACUUUGAUGAUAUUUUUAGAAUCAUUAAUGCUACUUUUAGAAUCAAUCAUUUAAUAGUUUGUUUUUCUGCACGCUGCAAGUUUGUUUCUCAAGCUCCCAUACAUUCGGAGCUAGGACUACCUGUUGUCAGUCGUAAUGAAAAAGUACCUCUGGGUCACAAAUAAUUCUAUACAGAUUCAUUGUUAGCUUUUUGUUAGUUUUCGUAGCUUUCGUAGCAUGGGGUUUUUGUCUAUCUUUAGACAUAGCAUCAUUUUCAUUGCUGCUCUCCGGCUGUCGCAUUCUCGUGAUCACAAACCAUUGCUAUCACAAUAUCCACUAUUCAUCAGUAUACGCUUUCACUAAAAGAAAUGCGUAGAUCAAAGAAGACUUUGGCUAAAUUCUUGCUAUUCGGCAUCGUCUUUAUAUUACUUGCAAACGUACUACUGGUUGGUUGGAUUAAGACUUCAGGGUUUUGUGAAAGUGUCACGACAGAAGCUGCUAAAAAGUCAGGGUUUGGUGAAAGUGUCACGACAAAAGCUGUCAAAACGUCAGGUUUUGGUGAAAGUAACAUAACAAAAGCUGCUAAAACCCGAGCUUUCCUUGUGAUCGGUGUUCCGACAGUUAGGAGACCAAAAGCGGCCAGCUACCUCAGCCAAACGUUAAAAGAGUUAGUGGAAGGAUUGGAAGAACAUGAGAAAAGCGAAGUCCUUAUCUUAGUCUUCAUAACAGACUUCAAUACAACUGUUAUCCAAAGCAUACGGAAAGAAAUAUCCGAUUCAUUUGCGAACGAAAUGAAUUCUGGACUACUACGGGUGGUCACGGCGCCUCGGUCGUUUUACCCAAGCCUCGAGAACCUUCCGCGACUGUGGGGAGACUCGCCUGAGAGAGUAAAAUGGCGAUCAAAGCAGUGCUUAGAUUACGCAUUCCUAUUUGAAUAUUCCAAAGAUUUGGGUGAAUACUAUCUUCAGAUCGAAGACGAUAUCUCAACAAGUAAAGGAUACCUCAAGGCAAUUAAGAAUUUCAUAACAACCAAUGAGAAGAGAGCGUGGUCGGUAUUAGAGUUUGGUGCGCGAGGAUUCAUUGGUAUAAUGUAUCGAACCACUGAUAUUGGUCGAUUGUCAAUGUUUGUCAAAUCUUUCUUCUGGGUACUACCUAUUGAUAUAUUAAAUCGAUAUUUCAACGAUUUCCAUCUGCAUGGGAAUCCUGCUUGGGCAAGGUGUCGUCCCCCAAUCUUUCGUCAUGUGGGCACAUUUUCAUCUCUCGUUGGCCAAGUACGCCCGCUUGAAGACAUUAAAACUACCGAUCGGAUAUACAAAGACAGUCACAAUCCUCAUGCUGAAGUCAAUACAUCAAUAAUAAGCUAUAACAGACACAAUAUCACAGCUGCGUAUGACACUACUUUCCAUGGGAUGUUCUGGGGUAAAAAUAUCAAGAUAGGAGACUACAUUUUAGUGCAUUUUUAUACUCCAGCACGUGUUUCUAGGCUAAUUGUCGAAUCUGUUGUUGUGGUUGUUGCAUGUUCCAGCGAGGGCGGACUUGUGGCAUCUGUGGUCCAAAGAAUGAACCCUGACCCUUUAAAGUAAAAUAAUUGUUUAUUUCUACGCACAUUGCAUUAUA